GGUUCUUGGGCAAUGGAGCACCAAGAGGAUUCCAAGAAGCGCAAGAUCAAGGAGGAGUCGGAUCUUCACGAUGCGCCAAUGGAGGGAUACGAGGCGCCGGUGCCGCUGCGCUUGUCUCGGGACGAUUUGAAGCGAUUGCUGGAGCCCUUGAGCAAGGAGCAGCUUGUGGCACUUCUCACCGACGCAGGUUCUCAAUACUCUGCGGUUGCAGAUGAUAUUAGAGAAGUUGCGAGCAAAGAUCCUGCUCAUCGGAAGCUCUUUGUGCGUGGGCUGGCUUGGGAGACUACUUCACAGGAUCUGCGUGAAGCUUUCGAGCAAUUCGGGGAGAUUGAGGAAGGAGCUGUGAUCAUCGACAAGGCCACUGGCAAGUCGAGAGGAUUUGGAUUUAUCACGUUCAAGCAUAUGGACUCGGCACAGAGAGCCUUGAAAGAACCCAGCAAAACGAUCGAUGGAAGGAUUACGGUUUGUAACUUGGCCUCAGUGGGAACCUCAGGAAGCGGAGGCACCAACGAUCAAGCGCAAAGGAAACUCUACAUCGGGGGCUUAUCAUACGAGACCUCAAACGAGACGUUGUUAAACAUCUUCUCGAAAUACGGCGAGAUAGAGGAGGGCGCUGUGGCCUACGACAAGAACACCAACAAAUCAAGGGGCUUCGCCUUCGUCACUUACAAAACCGUGGAAGCAGCAAGGAACGCCAUCGACGAUCCCAACAAGACGAUCGAAGGACGCCAUGUUAUCGUCAAGCUGGCGGCCGAGGGCCAAAAAGAGAAAGCUCCACAGGUAUCGGCCCCGAGCCAAGGUCCGCAAGCACAGCCCGGCUACAACGUAGUGAAUCCAAACAUCCCAGCUUACGCGAGGCCACCGCCGCCGGGGACCAUCUUGGGCUUCAGUCCGCACACCGCCGUGCCAGCUUACUCGGCUGCGUACGCUGGAAUCGCGACCAUGGCGUCGCAGUAUACCCCGCAGUACGCUGGCGCACAGUAUGGAAUUCCCGCUCCACAGCCCGGCCAGAAUGGAACUGGGGGAUACUACGCUCCAAAUUAACAACACUGGUGUAAAUUAUCAAAAUGCUCUAAAAAGCUGAGUUUUGGCGCGAAAA